AUGAUUCACAUUUGUGGAAACCAUGGACAGUUAGAGGAACUGAGUUCACUGCUGCAGAAAAUGGAAGAGGUGCGAUGCUCACCAGACACAAGGACCUAUAACAUUCUUAUCUCUCUACAUACUAAGCGUAAUGAUAUUGAUAUGGCAACAAAAUAUUUUAAAAGAAUGAAGGCGGCCCACCUUGAGCCAGAUCUUGUUAGUUACCGUACCCUCUUGUAUGCGUACAGUAUAAGGAAAAUGGUUUGUGAAGCAGAAGAGCUUAUAUCAGAGAUGGAUAAGAAGGGCCUCCAAAUUGAUCAGUUCACCCAAUAUGCUUUGACUCGGAUGUACAUCGAAGCCGGAAUGCUUGAGCGGUCCUUGUUAUGGUUUCAUAGGUUUCAUCUGGCUGGCAAUAUGAAAUCUGAGUGCUAUGCUGCCAACAUUGAUGCAUAUGGAGAGCACAGACAUAUUUUGGAAGCUGAGAAAGUCUUCCUUUGGUGCCAAGAACGGAAGAAACUCAGUGUCCUUGAGUUCAACGUGAUGAUUAAAGCUUAUGGUAUAGGGAAAUGCUACGAUAAAGCAUGUCAAUUGUUUGAUAGUAUGGAUAAACACGGUGUAGCCGCAGACAGGUGCAGCUAUAGCUCUCUCAUACAAAUUCUGGCCAGUGCUGACCAGCCUCACAUUGCCAAACCUUAUUUGAAAAAAAUGCAGGUAGCAGGAUUAGUGACUAAUUGCAUCCCAUAUUGUGCUGUGAUUUCCAGUUUUGUAAAAUUAGGACUCUUGACAGAUUCAUUAAGCUAUAACAAUGUCCUUGACCUGUAUGCUAAUGCUGGGAGACCCAAAGAAGCAAUACAAACUUUCAAGGACAUGGUAACAGCUUCAAUACAACUUGAUGAUUGUAGUUUAAGAUCACUUAGAAAUCUUUUGCUUAGAUAUGGAGCAUCAAGGCAAGCUCUUGACAAAUUACAAGUAUCAAUGAAAAAGGACACUUCCAAUGGUUUACAGGCAUGGAUGUUGGCACUCACAAGUGUGCUUGAAAUAGAUGAAUAUGAUAACAAAUAG